GCGGGAGGAGAUAAUAUUGUACUUCAGACAUAGAGCUUGAAACAUACGCCGCGUAUCCGAAGUCAUACUAUUAUGGUGUAAGAGUCUGGGAAAUACUAUUGGAAUCACCUUCGAGAACCAAUCCCCUUUUUCACGCAACAGACUCCUGUUUGAGAUGUUAAAACCCGGUGACCCUAGCGGAUCUGCUUUCUUGAAAGUGGACCCGACGUACAUGCAACACUGGCAGCAGCUCUUCCCUCAAAGCCAGUUGAAGAAUGGAGGCAUUACGCAGCUGCAGCCGCCGGACAGGGUAGCUGUUCCGGUGGAAAGUCUCCGUCAGCGGCCGAACCUGAUCUCCUCCACAUCAUCAUCGUCGGCUUUAACACCUUCCUCCACAUCUUCAUCGACUCCAUCCGUUUCAUCAUUGGCAGGUUUAUCUCAACUAUCUGUGCCACAAAUUGCACUUUUUGGACAAACUCUCUCUUCUGACAUUGUCUCGUCAGACAACACCAACCUCCAAGCGAAAGAACUUUGUAUAUCCUCCAGCUUUAAGAAUGACAAAGGGUCCAGAUUUAAACUGACCUCCGAUGAGUUAGACUACUACCUCUACGGACAGCAGAGAAUGGAGAUUAUCCCAUUGAACAAUCACACCGGCGACCACAACAAUCGGUGUGACAUGUGUGCAGAUAACCGUAACGGAGAGUGCCCCAUGCACGGGCCCCUGCACUCACUGCGGCGCUUGGUGGGGACAAGCAGUGCAGCGCCGGCCGUGCCGCCCCCAGAUGUCCCUGACUGGCUGCGGGACCUGCCCCGUGAGGUGUGCCUCUGCACUAGCACCGUGCCCGGCCUUGGCUACGGCAUCUGUGCCGCCCAGCGUAUCCCACAGGGCACCUGGAUCGGCCCCUUUGCGGGAGUCCCCCUCCUCCUGGAUAAGUUGCAGUCAGGAGGGGUGCGGAACACAAGGCACUUAUGGGAGAUCUAUGACCAGGAAGGGACGUUACAGCACUUUAUUGAUGGCAAUGAGCCGAGCAAGUCGAGCUGGAUGAGAUACAUUCGCUGUGCACGGCACUGUGGCGAGCAAAACAUGAUGGUGGUCCAGUACAGAUCAUGUAUAUUCUACCGGGCAUGUAUGGACAUUCCAAGAGGAACAGAACUCCUUGUCUGGUACAAUGACAGCUACACCUCCUUCUUUGGCAUCCCUCUACAGUGCAUUGCACAGGAUGAAAACUUGAAUGUACCAACCACAGUUAUGGAGGCCAUGAGCAGACAAGAGACGUUGCAGCCGCUCAGUAAAACGGGCAAAGGUUUCUCGGUGGCCCUGCUGCGCUCCAUGGUCUUCCCCCACUCGCCCUGCUCCAGAAGCUUCUCCCUGAUGGACAAAGGUGGCCACACGGACUCCGGCUUCAACCAGAUGAGCUCUAAGAACCAGCGAGUCCUAGCCAGCCCCACCUCCACCAGCCAGCUGAGCACCGAGUUCAGUGACUGGCACCUCUGGAAGUGCGGCCAGUGCUUUAAGACGUUCACGCAACGCAUCCUGCUCCAGAUGCAUGUGUGCACACAGAACCCAGACAGACCUUACCAGUGUGGACACUGCUCCCAGUCCUUCUCCCAGCCGUCGGAGCUGCGCAACCAUGUCGUCACUCACUCCAGCGACCGGCCCUUCAAGUGUGGCUACUGUGGCCGGGCAUUUGCAGGAGCCACCACUCUCAACAACCACAUCCGGACACACACUGGGGAGAAGCCAUUCAAGUGCGAGAGGUGCGACAGGAGCUUCACGCAGGCCACCCAGCUCAGCAGACACCAGCGGAUGCCCAACGAGUGCAAGCCCAUCAGCGGCGAGAGCAGCGAAUCAAUCGAGGUGGAUUAGCUGAUUGACUGGCCGGAAUUAAACUGCAAGGAAAAUCAUGAUUAAAUGUCACGGACACUUAAACAAAACCAAAGAUUUCCUCUGAGAAACUCUCAAUCAGCCCCAGAAAACCAAAAGCAGUAAUAAAAUAAGUAAGAUGUUAAGAGUUAUUGAUCUUGGCACAGAAAAGGGACCAGGAGGGGGAGGGGAAUGUUGGGGGAGUGGGGAUGUUGAAGGGAGGAGAAACAAUUAUUUAUUUAUGACUGGGGAGUUAUGGUUCCCAAAGAAGACCUGAAACUGGGACAGCAAAAAAAUACCAAAAAUGUCCACUGUAUGUAGCUUUAUAUCUCAGUUGUCUUAUUCUUUGUAUCCUAAUACCAAAGGGAAAGGAAUGUUGGGGGGAACUGUGAGGGUAGAACAUGCCUCUACUGAGAAUGCACAAUUUCUCUUAAAUUGCACCACGAAGCAUGAUUUAGGAGGGGACUGUGUUUCCACCACAAAAAUAAGAAACUAUUAUCCACAGUAUGAAUUGUGAAAACUAAAUUAUAUUUAUCUUCUAUUGCUCUCAUGUCAUGCUUCGGGCACUUUUAAUAAUGAUUAUUUAAUUGUUUCAGUUCAAUCUGAUGCUCCUAAAUAUAAGAAUGGAGACUAUUUGAAUAUUCAUUUUGUGUAAAAAAAAAAUAAUACUAUACAUCUUCAGAUUCUUGUUAUUAAAUGUAAAACUGAUAGUUCACAGAUUAAAAUAGACAUUUUGUCCAGAAAAGGAAGAUGAGUUUUCAUGGCAUCUAUUAAGAAACUACUGUAUUUCAAGGCAAGCAUUUGUUUAAGAUCCAGGUUGGAAAUCAGUCAAAUAACAUCUGGUUUGUCCUUAAUCUCAAUGUAUCAGUGAUAUCUAUUUGUCACAGGCACAAUUGUAAGCUUCCCUAUACCUGUUUAAUGGUGACGUUCAUUUUAAGAUUCAAGGGCAAACUACAUUAUGAUUUGAAAUGUGCUGCAUUCUUUUUUUUUUUUUACAUUGUUAUUGUGAUUGUUUUGUUAGUUUUACUACGCAAUGUAAGUUCGAUUUCGUCUUGGAUGUACAUAGUCUCAUAACGAUACACUUCUAACAGGUGAGGAAAAGCACGACAAAGCCCAACGAGGUUUGAGCCUGAAAUUAGAGCAUUUAGGGAUGGAUUCACUUUGAGACCAAGUCAUCAAACAUGUUGAUGCAAAUCUUAUCAAAUCAAACUGGUUUAUUGCUGUAUUAUUAUGGACAUAAUGAUUUGAGUUGAAUAAGCAAAGCAUUUUAAAUCAGAUUAAAAGAAGAAACGUGUAUGAUAAUCAUCUGUAUAUGACAGGGAUCAUCAACUAGAUUCAGCCACGGGCCGAUUUUGUUUUUUCUUGAGCGGAGGGUCAGGGGGCGGAACAUAAUUACAAAUGAUUUGUAGACUGCAAAUUGACCGCAAGAAGCCCAAACAGAUAUAAUAUUGAGCUAAAACAAUCAUUUCAAACCUUGCUUACAUUUGUAUACGAUCACAUACCUAUCUAUUACGUGUGCGGAAUACUUUGGAACAGAUUCCUAAAAUUAAAAUCACAGAGCUGAUUUGCUGGUGCUUUCAGUCUUUUAAGUCAGAACUUGGGGGUCAAAUAAAAUCGCCCACAGCCAGCCAGUUGGGGAUCCCUGGUAUAUGAGAAAGACUUCUACAAAGUGUGUUUAACUCUGACUUUUCAACAUUUGGACUCUUGUUUGCAUGAUUUCAUCCCUUCCUUUUUUUUCCUUCUUUUUUUUUUAUAAGAAAGGGCUCAAACCAUUCCUCUGUAGAAAUUAAAACAGUGACCCAGUUUUGAAUAUUAUCAAUACUUCUAUUGAUGGUUUAAUUCAUUGCUUCUUAAUCUGUUUUACUUUUGUGAAUGUUUGUCAUUUGUAUAUCAAAUCACAAUCAUUAUAUUUUCUAAUGUGUUAACAUUACACUUAUCGCCUAUCACAGGUAUACUCCGUUUAUAGAUGUAAAGGUAUGGAACUUUGAACAAUGCAAUAUCCCUACCGUUGCCCUAAGAAUUAGUAGUAUUAUUUUAGUACUUUAAAAAAAUGCCUGUGAUAUUUUAGAGGACAAUGUGCUAUACUAUUCUAUCUAAAACAAAUAACAUUGAAUUAGAUUUUUUGACAUGGUUUUUGAAAAAUGGCAAUCGUCUCUGAAAACACGAUACAUCACUUCCAGCCAUCACAAACCAGAAAGUCUGAAAUGUUCUGUUUUUUUCAACCACGAUUUUCCUGUCACUUGAUGUUUGUUCUUUACAAAGAGAGUCUGUGUGUGUUUGUGUGUGUGUUGGACAUAGCAGUAAAGCGUUUUCUCAGAUUCAUCUUA